UUAAAAAAAAAACCCUAGUUUUGAAAAGACAGAUCUAAAAAACCUUAGACUCGUCUCUUCUCCGCAAACAAACGCACCAGAUCUCUCUCAUUGUGGAUCGAAUCUCAAAUUUGAAUUCUUAGAUAACGUGAUAACUGAUAAGCUCUCUUGUGUUUCGUUCGUUCGAUUCGACGUUUCGGAAACUUUCGGACUUUUUUUAGGAUGGCUGAAUCGAAAUCUGCUUUGAGUAAGCCGGUGUUCACCAAGGUGAACGAGUUGAGGCCAGGAACGAGUGGGCAUACAUUGACAGUGAAGGUCGUUAGUUCGAAGACGGUGAUGCAGAGAAACCGUGCCAGUGGCCCUCAGGCACGUCAGAUGCGAAUUGCCGAAUGUCUUGUAGGAGAUGAAACUGGAAUGAUCAUCUUUACUGCAAGAAACGAGCAAGUGGAUUUGAUGAAAGAAGGUAACACAGUGAAUCUCCGUAAUGCGAAGAUUGACAUGUUCAAGGGGUCGAUGAGGCUUGCGGUGGAUAGGUGGGGCCGAGUUGAAGUUGCUGAUACUUCCCAUAUUGCUGUGAAAGAAGAUAACAAUCUUUCCCUAAUUGAGUAUGAACUUGUAAACGUUGUUGAGGAAUAACUAUCUCUUUCCUGUAUGAAUUAGAGUGGAGAUUGAUUUGAGAUAUUACAUAAGAUGUUGGGCAUCAUGAUAUAAUAUUCAAUAUAUCUAUUAUUUUAUGUAAUAAAUUCCAUGGAA